AUGGCUACCGCUUUCGAGCCCUCGCUUUCCGCAAGCCUCAGCCGCCAGACCAUGGUGCCUGCUGGCCCCUCUAUCGCGGACACACUGCCCAACAUCAACUUCGGCUUCGACGACCUGCGCGACCGCAUGACCAAGUUUACCGCCAAGUUCGAUGCAUUCAUCGAGCAGGGUCGCAAGCGCGUCUUGGAGGAUCGCAACCAAUUCCGCAUGAAUGUCGCAGAACUUCAAGAGGAUCAACGAAUGAAGAAGAGAGAUAUCGAGAUCAUCCAAGUCAAGACAUCGUCACACCAACAGACUGUCGAGAAGGAAGAGGCCGAGACCCGGGAGAUGGAGGCUGCUAUCAACUCCUUCGCUUCACAGCGCGACAACCACCUUGCCACGCGCGACAGCCUCAAGGCGCAGAUCGCCCAGACCCAGGCCGAGAUCGACGCGCGACUUGCAGCGCAGCGCUCGCACGCACAGCAGCAGGAGGCCCAGUCACGAUUUAACGUACCGGAGCUAGACUUCUGGAUCACCAACCUCUGCCUGAAGAUCGAAGGCGCGGGUCACGACGACCGGCUCAAGUUUGUUUACACACAUAUCGACGAGAAGAAUUGGGAGCGGGAGGCGUGGUUCGAACUUGUCACUAGCUCUCGCGACUACGACGUUAAGCACUGUCGACCGAAGCUGGAGAGAGAAAAGGUUGAGCGGGUUCUGGAUCGGGUGAACGAAUCGAGAGAGCUGGUGGUGCUCCUCAAAGGAAUGAGGGAGUUGUUUGUGGAGGCAGUGAAGUCUUGA